UGUGUGCAGUGGAUACGCCGGGGCUCUUUGAUUCGUGAAGUAAUCGUCGGGCGCUUUCAGGAAUACGCGGAACAUCUCCGCGCACCAAGAGGGAAUAAGCCUCAUUUUCACGUACUCGUCCUUUCGAGGGGCAUUUAUUUGUUACUUAAAGUGAGAGACCGAUAUUGGAAAGAUGUUGCCGACGAAAUUAGAGGGGUAUAGGGGCUGAGGUUUAUCCCAUCACUAAAUAUGGAGUAAAACCCCACGUCUUUUCUUGUUUUAAGUGGGAAUACAAGAGUAUCGCAUCACGAUUAUCCGUCUCGCAUUCAAGGGAAAAAUCAUUCCAUUCACAAGCAAUUGGAUGAGAGUCAUACUUGCCCUUGGCAACUAAAGAUGACGUUACUAUGGAAACGACUUGUGGUGCUAUCAAUCAUUGGCUGCCUAGCAGCUCAAGCAGAAGAUGGCAUGUUUUUCGGUCCAAGUUGGAAAACCGAGCCAGAGAACCUGAUACUUCCCAUCCAUUCUACGGAACAAGAGGCUGUUUUGACCUGUGAGGCGUCGGGCAUCCCACCUCCUCAAUACAGAUGGUCUCUAAACGGAACGCUCAUUGAUCUUCGUGGUGACGAGAGGCGUCGCCUGUCUGGAGGUAACCUGAUCAUUACCGGCCUGGAUCGAGACCAAGACAGUGGCAUCUACCAGUGCGCUGCCUUCAAUGCCCGGGGAACCGUUCUCAGCCAGAAAGCCACAGUACAAUUUGCAUAUCUGGAAAACUUCAAAACGCAGACGAGAAACGCUGUGAAUGUGAGGGAAGGUCAAGGUGUCGUUUUGUUAUGUGGCACGCCUUUGCAUUCUGGAGAGCUUACCUUCACCUGGGUCUUCAACGAGUACCCUAACUUCGUCCAGCAAGACAGCCGGCGCUUUGUAUCCCAAGAGACGGGGAAUUUGUAUAUAGCUAAAGUGGAACCGUCAGACGUGGGGAAUUACACCUGCGUGGUCAACAACACUAUUACAAGGGAUAGAGUAUUCAGUUCACCGACGCCUUUAGUGCUGAGAAAUGAUGGAGCAAUGGGAGAGUACGAGCCCAAAAUAGAGCUUCAUUUUCCCGACACCAUCCCAGCUGCUAAAGGAUCGACACUGAAGCUGGAAUGCUUUGCUUUGGGAAAUCCAGUUCCUAAGAUCAGCUGGAGAAAAACCAGCGACGCCCCGUUCCCAAGCAAAGUCAAACUGAAGAAUUCCAACGCUAUUCUGGAGAUUCCCAAUUUUCAGCAGGAGGAUACUGGGACGUAUGAGUGUAUAGCAGAAAACAGUCGGGGCAAGAAUGCGGCACGGGGUCGAGUGUCUUUCCAUGCAACACCUCUUUGGCUGCAGGCGGUGACGGACACGGCAUUGUCCAUUGAGGAGAAUCUGCUUUGGGAGUGCAAAGCCAAUGGGAAACCAAAGCCCUCCUACAGCUGGCUGAAGAACGGAGAGACUCUCAUGUCUGAGGGCCGAUCGCAGAUAGAGAACGGCGCCCUCUCCAUCGUCUCGCUGAAUCUUUCGGAUGGUGGGAUGUACCAGUGCGUGGCUGAGAACAAGCACGGGAUCAUUUAUUCCAGCGCUGAACUGCUGGUGCUCGCCUCUCCUCCCAGUUUUUCCCAGAAUCCUUUGAGCCGUGUGCUUAAGGCCCGCACUGGUAGUGAUGUUACUUUAGACUGCAGGCCACGUGCGUCGCCCAGAGCCAUUAGCCUGUGGAAAAGAGGAAGUGAGGUACUGCAAAGAAAUGAAAGGAUUUCUCUCUUCGCCAACGGGACACUUAAGAUUGCCAACGUAACUAAGCGAGAUGGGGGUAGUUACACAUGCGUUGCGAAAAACCAGUUUGGCACCGGAAGCACAACCGGAAAACUGGUGAUCACCGAGCCCACGAGGAUCAGCCAGGGUCCUAGCAGCACAGAGAUCACUGUGGGCGAGAGCAUCGUGCUGCCCUGUCAGGUGACCGCUGAUCCAGCCCUGGACGUGGCCUUCUCUUGGGCCUUCAACGGUCAGCCUAUUGAUUUUAAUCAAGACGCGGACCACUUUGAAAGAGUUGGAGGGAGCUUUUCCGGCGACCUUAUGAUUCGAAACAUCCAGCUUAACCACGGAGGGAAAUACGUUUGCCUCAUCGACACAGAUGUCGAGAGUCUGUCCACUGAUGCAAUAUUGGUUGUUAAAGGUCCCCCCAGUCCACCAGAUUUGGUCGUGGUAGAAGAAGUCACGGAUAGCACAGCCCAGCUGUCAUGGAGCCCAGGACAGGACAAUGGAAGUCCCAUUACAGGAUACGUCAUCCAGGGCAGGACUCCCUUUACCGUGGGCUGGCAAGCCAUUGACACGGUUCCUGAGCUGAUCAAUGGGAACACUCUGACUGCGACAGUUGUGGGUUUGAACGCCUGGGUGGAAUAUGAGUUCAGAGUUCUGGCCAGUAAUGGUGUUGGGAUGGGAGAGCCAAGUCCACCAUCCACCAAGAUCAGAACUGAGGACGCUAUUCCUGACACAGCACCCACUGAAGUUGGAGGUGGAGGAGGAACCAAGUCGGAAUUAGUGAUAACGUGGGAGCCUGUUCCAGAGGAGUUGCAGAACGGAGAGGGCUUCGGUUACAUCAUCGCCUUCCGUCCAGUGGGCACGGUCACUUGGACCCGCGCCUUGAUCUCAGCGCCUAGCCUCACCCGUUAUGUUUUCCGCAAUGACACCAUCCCGCCUUUCUCACCCUUCAAUGUCAAAGUGGGAGCGUUCAACAACCGAGGGGAAGGGCCGUUCAGCUCCAUAACAACCGUGUUCUCGGCAGAGGAAGUGCCGAGCGUAGCACCAGAGAAAGUUUUAGCAAGAAGUCUGUCGGCGGCCGAUAUCGAGGUUUCCUGGGAGCCCAUCCCAUCCACACCCGAAAGGGUUCUUGGAUUUGAGGUGGUGUACUGGGAAGACGACACCAAGCCGGAUACGGUGGGUAAAGUGAGGAUUACUGGAAACUACACAGCGGUGAAUGUUAGCGGACUGCAGGGGAACACUCCGUAUUAUGUAGCGGUGUGCGCUUUUAAUACUGCGGGAACCGGCCCUCAGUCUGCGCCUGUCAAUGUCACCACUAAAAAACCACCACCUGGGCAGCCCCCUCAAAACGUAGAGUGGAAUCUGAUUGGCUCUCAGCUCAUGCUUCAGUGGGAUCCAGUCAUAGCUCUGGAAACAGAAUCUGAAGUCACUGGCUACAUAAUUCUGUACAGAAGACAUCGAAAUAACGACAUGUACUCCAUCAUCACAAACAAAACAUCUGUGGAAUUGACCCUCAACCCAAACGACAACUACGUCAUACAGAUCAAGACCCUCAGUGAAGGGGGACUGGGGGAAGGAAGUGAGCCAAUCCACAUCCACCAACUCAGCAUGGGUGCUCGGGGAUCCAAAGCGGGAAGGAUGUGCGCUCUCUCUCUCUCUCCUCUACUAAUAUGCGCUCUGUCGACGCUCAGUGCCUCCUGAUGUUUGAGCACCAGACACGGGCACAGUGAAAAACACGUACAAACUUUCUGCUCUUCGCGCGACCGAGUCUUAUCCGAUGGGAUUCCCCAACUCCGGCGGCAUGUGUGUUGGAGAUUCUGCGGGAUAUUGAAACGUCCCAUGGGAACAUGGGUGAAUUCCUCAUUCGUAAACAUGGAACAGAUUUAUUGAGAUGUUUGGAUUGGCACAGAUGAGCUAUAGUAUUAUAACAGUUUGUUUGGCACUUUAAACCCAGGAAUAAGAAAUGCAACGGCUUUGUUCAUACUGCACACAAAUCUGAUUUAGUUUUCAGACCUUUGGUGGGUUAGAUCUAGAACAUUGUUUUUUUGCGUUGCAUAUUUUGUCAUGCGUCUCAAAUUCCAGAACAAAGUAACACAUGUGCAAAGAUCAGAUUUUCAUGUUGUUUAGAUUACAAAAACAAAAAGCCUUGAAUAUAAUGCACUCAAAGUCAGAUUUUUGCUGCCUGUCUGAACAAAGUAACAACGCUCAACGUUUCGUCCAUAUGUUGAUUUCUUUAUGUACAGUGCCAAUGUGUGCAUCAUUCAUCUUGUGCUCUGAUCUUCGAGAACAAACAAUGCCUUAAAUUCAUGUACGCACCAAAGUAGUUGAAAGAAGUCGUGCAGUUGAGUUGCAUUCAAAGAGGACAAGGGCUGACGAAACUGCUAGAAAGAUGCUCUUAUUUUGGAUUUGUUUGUUGUGUCUUUUGUGCUAAGUUCUGGGUUAACAGUCAGGAAUCCUCUGCAGUAGUUAAGAAAUAAACAUUGGUGUUCCGCUUCUACUACAGAGCCGUCAAAUUCAAAAAGGCUGUUUGCUGGAUAUUAGCAUUUUGUUUGACGCUUCAUGCCGGUUUAAUUAUAGAUGUGUUAAGCGUUAAGGCUUUUCUGGAGAGUUUUUGCUCCGAAUGUCAACCGGUUGAAACACAUUUUAGUUUCCUUUCUGUUGCCAUCCCGCUGUACCGCGCCGAUCACAACUCAUUCAUGCUUUUUACAUCGUAUAAAAUAGGCAAAUAGCUUAAAAGCAUAAAAUUCAUACAAUAGCAUUGAAUAUUCUUUGAAAGCAUUGAAAGUGUCAGGCACUUUGGAAAGCAAGCACUCGAUCAGAAUUACCAACGUCUCACGCACCUCUAUCAGUACGUAAAUAAAGACUCGAGAAAAUUUGUCAGAAGUGGCGAGAUGCGGAACGCUGCUUGAAGUAGGACUUGCAUGAAAGUUUUAUAGCUCUAAUGUUCUUGCAGAUGUGAAAAGGUUAAAAGCCUUCCGAACAAGUUGCGUGAAAGACGAGUCCCCAGAGCUCCCUAGCAGUCUAUAUGUCUCAGAAUAAGGCCAUUAUUUAAGGUGCAUAGGACAUCGCACUCAAUGGUGUGGCGGAGUAGAAUAGGGCUGAAGGUUGUCGAUUUGGUCCUCGUAAGGACCACUUUCUAUACACCACGGCCAAGCAUUGUCGAAGCAUUAAAGCCAGCUCCAGAAUAACUUGCUCAAGAAUGAUUGACAUGUAUAUAAUGUAGUAUCUGAGUGCCUUUAGCGAUUGAAAUUUAUAAAAACUUUUAGAUGGCAAUAUACUGCGAUAACAAAGAUUGUGUACAUGUCAAAAUACGUGAAUAAUAAGAAGUACUUUAUUAUCGGAAUUAUUCCGAUUAAAAAAAUGCGCAAUAGCGUCUCUUCAAUGAACCGGCUUUGUGUAUAAGUGAAACGUACUGUAUAUAAAAAGCAUGGAUUCUGUUAUACUAAAACAUAGGUCUAAUAAUAAUCUAUACUUUUUUUUACAAAUAAUACUCUUUUAUUUUAAUUAAAACAUGCCAAUCCAACAUUGGUUGAACGUUUUCAAAUUCCUUUUUAUUUUAAUGUUUUAUUCAAACUAUAAAACAUUUUUUAUUAUAAAAAUUUUCCGAUUUUUUAAGUUGUCAAACUUGUUAUUAAAAGUAACACAAUGAAGUUUUCCAACUUGAAUUUGUAACAAAAUGUGGCACCAUGAUAAUCACGCAUACCGUGUCAAAAGCUGUAUUUAUCGUGAUAUGGAAAUUUGAUAACCGUUUCAUGCCAAGUGGGCAACUAUGGAUUGCAUUACCUUAAUACGUUGAUGCUCAUUUCAUGCACCUUCAAUGCUAUUAAAAGGACAACAAUGACGUUUUUCAACCUGAUUUUUAAUACCGUAUACUUCGAUGAAAAGAAAUAGCAAGUGCAUGUACCAUGAUAUAAAAAAUUGGCCUUGUCGGCACCUAUGUAUUUCAUUACCAACAUACGGUAAUGCUCAUUUCAUCCACCUUCAAUUCAAUUGUUAUUAAAAGGACCACAAUUCAGUUUUUCAACUUGAUUCGCAAAAUUCGCCAUUGUGAUAAUACCGUAUACCGUGAAGAAGGUAAUUAUAGAAACCGCACUUAUCGUAACAUGAAAAUUUGAUAACGUCACAUCCCUAGUCGACACCUUUGUUUUGCAUUAUACCAGACUACGGUGAUGCUCAUUUCAUUCAACUUUAAUUCUGAAUCACCAUUGGAGCCCCCAGUAAGACACCCCGAUAAUGACCUUUAACACGAGGUUGGCUGCCAGGUUGUCCCUUCACCGGACAAUAUGUUUCUGGCUCUUUCAUGACAGUAUCAGGCUGGAGUGACUAUAAUUUGCACCCGUUCUGUUGAAAGUCAGAAGCAGACGCAAAGAAGUGAACCAAGGUGACACAGCCUUCCCUCUAACUGUUCUGAACAGGUGCGGUACAGCUCAUAAAAAAGUAAGCAAGAGGCUAAAAAAAGAGGCUACACACCCACAAUCAGGACAGCCUAUCUGUUCUCCUUCGAGCGUUCAUAAAGGUCUGGGCACCUUGAUUAGGCUGCAGUGGCCCAGUCAAUGGGAUAUCGAUUUUUCUGCUCUAUACUGCGGCUGUCACAAUGCCGCCUCCUGAUUGACUGAUGCCGAUGUUCCUGUUGGCCAUCUUGGAUUGAGUUUGCUCUUUGAGUGUCAGAGACGACCUUCCCCUUUCUUCUUUUAGCGGUAACCGAGUGGAAUGUUGGCAAAACAGUUCUUAGUAGAUGAACUCACACCCACUUUUUCAUUAAGAAAUCUUUACAGUAAUGCAUCAGACUGCAUAAGAGAAGUCAAUUUGCAAACAGCAUUUCAUGUUGACUUUAUAGGGAGUGCCACAGACAGUUUUACUUUGUUUUGUACGGUCGAGUGUUCUUUAUAGUUCUGUAGUUUGAAAUGAUUUAUAAGCAGUACAUUAUUUGGGAAUCUGCUUUUUUUAUUUAGCAUAGAAAAAUGACAAUAGACAUGGUCUGUGUUAUUCUGUAUUACAGUAAUUACAAAGCGAGCGCUGCUUAUUUAUUGCACCCCCUGUCGCUAAUAACAUGUUACCAAUUGGUGAUUUUUCUAUUUCCUGUUUGGUUCCUUUUAUUCUAUUGUGGACCGUCAGCCUUUCAGUACACUAUUAGCUAUUGACGCAUACCAAUGCUGGAACAAAAUUGUUGUUUAAUGUUUUUUUGGUAUUCUUACAGUUGUGCUUUCUAAUUCCCCUAAUUUUGUGUAAACAGUAUAAUCAGUGAGUUUCAUUUCUUCCUAUUAUGGUUUCCCCUUUGGCAAAACUUUAAUGAUAUGUUGAUAAUCCGAGCUCUUAAUGACAUGAGUGAUCUUAUCAAUACAAUCCAAUUGCGUUUCUUAGUAACCUGAAAUGAAAAAUAACCAUACCUUUGCCAGAUGUAAAUAGCUGCUAUAUAUUUUUCGAGUCGGCCAGCUUUGACACUACCUUUCCUAUAGCACACGGCCCUGAGAAUUUAAUACUGAUGUAUUAAUGAAUAAUCUCUGUGAGAUGCCUUGCGUAGAAUUGACAUUUUCAUAUUGAAAAGUAACCGUUUUGUCUUGUAUACUAAAACUGUGCAUGUGGCAAAUUGUUUGGUGAAUAUGUGUUGAGUUUUAUAAUCCUGUUAAAAACUUAAUAAAAACGUGAAAAGACUGA